AUGCCCAUGACGGUGACGUCGGUGGUGGCGUAUCUGGGCAUCGUCCUGUCAGGUUGUGUGGUUGUCUCCAUUGCGGACUCCUUCUCCCCGCCGGAGGUGGCUUCGCGGUUGAAAAUCGCCGGAGCAGUGGCAAUAAUGACACAGGAUGUUAUUCUUCGAGGGGGCAAGACGUUUGCGCUCUUUUCUAGGGUGGUGGAGGCGAAUGCCCCCAUGGCCAUCGUGUGCCCUGGACUGGGAGACAAUUUGCAGGUUAAUCUCAGAGAGGGCGACAUGGAGUAUUCUGAGUUCUUGGCCUCUGGUGGGCCGCUUGGGCAGUUUCAGCCGUACAGCGCUGAUGGCUACGAAGCGACAAACAUCUUGUUCUCUUCCGGUACAACGGGAGAGCCGAAGGCGAUUCCGUACACACACCUGACCCCCAUCCGAUGUGCCGUCGACGGCUUUGCGCACCAGGACAUUCGCCAUCGCGACGUCGUGUGCUGGCCAACAAAUCUGGGAUGGAUGAUGGGACCCUGGCUGGUGUACGCGGCACUCCUCAACGGCGCAACGAUUGCAUUGUUCGAGGGGUCGCCUCUGGGGAGGGAGUUCUGCCAGUUUGUGUCUGCUGCCCGAGUUACUCAAUUAGGAGUUGUGCCCAGCAUUGUCAGGGCUUGGCGGGAGGGCGCAAGUGUCAAGGGCAUUGACUGGGCAUCCAUCCGGUGCUUCAGCUCGACGGGGGAAGCUUCCACUCCCGAAGAAUACCACUGGUUGAUGGCUCAGGCAGGGUACAAGCCUGUAAUCGAGUACUGUGGAGCUCUUGUGCAGUGCUUGAUCGGCCCGUUGGAUUUCAUAUGUUUUGUGCCUGCUGUGCGCAGCGAACUGGCGCUGGUGCCGCCCAUGCUUGGCAACUCUCAGAAGCUGCUGAAUCGCGACCAUUUUCUAGUGUACUAUGAUGGCAUGCCCAUGUUGGAGGGCACUUCGAUGCCGCUGAGGAGGCACGGCGACGAGGUGGAGAGGCUGCCCGGCGGCUACUACUGUGCCCACGGGAGAUGUGACGACACAAUGAACUUGGGAGGAAUCAAGGUGAGUUCCAUUGAGUUGGAACGCGCUGUAAUGGCCAACGUACAGCAGGUGAAGGAAGCUGCGGCUGUCGGGGUAACCCCUUCUGGCAGUGGGCCUCAGAAGUUGGUGCUGUUUUUGGUGCCGAAGGCCGCUGGGCAUCAGCCCGGUGCAUCGAAAUUCAGGGAGCUGUGCCAGAAAGCUGUGCGCACAGAACUGAACCCCCUAUUUAAGGUUGCGGACGUCGUGCUCUGCGAGUCAUUGCCGCGAACGGCGUCCAACAAAAUUAUGAGGCGCCUUCUUCGAAGCCGCUACGGGAAAGGCCGCUCUCGGUUGUGA